ACCGCCUCCUCGGCAUGUAGAACCGCGUGGGCGGGCGGCGAGGCAGGCGGGGAGGGAGACGGCGGGGAUAGCCCGCGGUAGUUUUUCCUUUUUUUAUAAAGUAUGUUUAAAUUUGAACGAACUCGCCGAUGUUUGCGUUAAAUUUGAGUCGUGUUUGCGCCGUAUUUGACUUUUUUAAAAUCCCGUGGGGGGCCGUGACUGGGGAACAUCACGCCCUCAAUGCGCGGUUUAGCGCCGGUGCGCCCUCAGGGGCGAUUUUUUGCCCCUCCUGAGGGGCCAACGGCUGAAGAUGCCUUAAGGCACGAGAGGAAGCGGUGCCUGGGUCCAUACCGAGACGCGUGGCGAUCGUGGGGAGCGGCUGAUUUGUUCCCAGAAAUCAGUCGGGCAAUUUAAAGAGAUUUCCUUCGUAUAUAGCCUGGACUCCACAGAAAAGCUACCGGAAAAAAAAACGGGAUCGAUCGGAUCCGGAACGAAGUAGUUGAGAGAUCUUUCAUAAAUUGGAACGGACUCGUCCUAAGAUCUCUGUGUAAAGAGGACGUGUAUCCCACGACGAUGGCCGCGUCGGGAGGCUCGUCCGGCGGGUGCACAUGGCCGGACCUCCAGCCGGAGAUGUUGGGCGUCGUGCUCUCGCGGCUGCCGUCGCACGGCGACCGCGUCCGCUUCGCCGCAGUCUGCCGCCCAUGGCGCUCCACCGCGCGGCUGCUGCGUCCGCUACCCCUGCUGCUCCCGUGGCUCGCCCUCUGCGACGGCACCUUCCUCAGCCUCCCCGACGGCGCCGUCCACCGCCUGCCCGUUGCGGACGACGGCGUCUCCAUCCGGGCCUCCACCGGCAGCAGGCUCUUCCUCGUGCACGGCGACGACGAGUGCUCCCUGACGAACCCUUCCCCGGUAACGACGACCCCUGUCCCUGAGGCCGCCGGCUGGUUCCGAGAAAACCCGACCGUCCUGAAGGUGUUAAUGUCCGAUCACCUCGUCGCCGCCCUGGUGGAGUCCAAAGGCAUCUACGGUUCCACGACCACGAAAGUCAUCAUCUCUACCCGUGGGCAGCCAUGGGACACCACGAGGUGCUCCACGACGGAGUGGGCGGCGCCUGAAGACAGCUUCGCCAUAGAUAUUGCGCUCUUCAAAGGAAAGCUCUGCGUCCUCCUCGACACAGGAGACGAGGACGAGGGAUAUGGACAGAGGCAUGAGCUUCGUGUCCUGGACGACGGCCACGAGCAGACAACCAUCCAGGGAACCCCAAUCGCCGGGUUUGAGGACGACUUUGAUCCUUACGAGACUGACGCGUACGGGCAGCGGCACUACCUCGUCGUCUCCGGCGAUCGGCUGCUGAUGGUGCAACGAUGGAUCAACCUGCCGCCAAUAUUUCCAAUCGACUCGGGGAUCGAGAAGCGGACUCGACUCUUCAAGGUCUUCCAAGCAACGGGCCUGAGCAGCGGCUGCGGACAAUGGACCGAGGUCGAUAGGUUGACGGGGUGCGCGCUCUUUGUCAGCGAAGGCUGCUCGGAGUCUCUCCCAGCCGGGGGUCAAUCUAGCGGCGUCGGAGUUCGAGAAGACUGCAUCUACUUCAUGAACGGCGACACUUGUGAGAAUCCCUUUCCAGACUCCGGCGUGUACAACAUGAGAGACCAGACAGUGGCGCCGUUGCUGCCGGCGACGGUGGCGGUGCCCGCAGCCGGCUACGGUCCAUGGUCUCCAACUUGGCUUUUCCCAGAGACUUGAGUUAAGCUAGGUGGGAGGUACUACCAGUUAAGAUUUCCUUAGAUGUUGUAAUAUGUAUUGGUCACAUUUUUAUCUUAUUCACAAUACCCAUUAGACACUUCUAAAGCAUAUGGUCGAGACUGAAGAGAUAAUCUUCUGUGUGGUAUGGGGAUAUGGAAUUGAAUCCAAAACUAGAGUCUGCAGAUCUGCACAGGCAGGGUGUAGAGCUUGUGCACAAGCAGACCCACAGAAGCAAGGUAUGCCAAAACUCCUGUAAAGAUAUUGGGUAUUGCAGUUUUAAGAAAAAUAUAAACUAGAAAGAUUUUUGCUUUAACUAUAGCAACAAACAGUCUCCCCUACUACAUGUGAUAUAUCAUCAGAAAAGGGUAAAAGGUUCAAAGCUAUCAAAUGAUUUGAUUGCGAAAUAGUGAGGUAAAUAUAUAGAAACCUAAUGUACGGAACUCCAGAUAUUUAUUGGUAGUUUAGGAGGUCAACUGAAAGAUGUUAGUGGGUUUUACUUGUUGAGCUGUGUAAUCAAAUCCAUUGAGUUCAUAUUUCGGAUGUUUGCAUAGCUGGUUAAUUGCAAUGUCCAAUUUAUGAUGGAUCAUGAUGAAAUGUGAUAGUUCAAGACAGAAGUCAGAACCAGUUGAAAUUCCAGCAUCUAUCAGAUCAGCCUCCAUAAUCAAAUGCCAUAAAAACAAACAAUAAUCAUUGUCGAGUUUGAAAUUCCUAAUCUUAUGCACUUCUAUAAUUCCUAACCAUAAAACUUAUCUUACACAUGUUACUCAAACUGAAUCCUUUAAUGUGCACUCUGGUGAAGACGUGAGUAAUAAGAUUGAGUGCAGCUGUGCAGGUACAAAAACUGACUUUGUAUGAUUAGAUUAAAUAAAUUGCCAGGAUGAUGUCAUAUUAGUUUGCAAACAAAAUUUAGAAGCAUAUUAACUUGCAACUUUGCAUCAUAUAAGGUGUGCUCAUUACCAAACACUGUCCAGAGCAACAAGCAAUUAACAUAGACCAUAACUUCUGAUGAAAAACAGACUACUGCAAAAGCGUGUUGUAACACAUUUGCAUGUCAUGCUGGAAUGUGAUUGAGAUUCUAAAAGGUUUUCUCCUCAAACAUGAGCUACUAGAAGAUGUUAAUCUAAUGUC